AGGGCAGUCUAUGUGACCUACCAUGAAAAUGUGAAUCACAGUAACAAUGGAAACGGAACCGUAGCGCGAGGAUAUGCCGAGUAACAGGGACCCUGGACCCCAAAUCAACUACACCCCUCCCACCCUCCCCCAAACCAGAAACCUCUCCAAGAUAUGCAUCAUCAUAGAUACCAGCCUACUCUGCGAGGAGACAUUCAUGAAAUCAGACAGCAUCAUCUUCUACCACCCCCUCAGUCUCUCCCAAGAAGACUGCCAGACUAUAGCUGGUAACAUGUACGCCCUGCACGACAUCCUCUCCUCUCUACAGAAAACAAGCAUCCCCACCCUAAUAGACACCUCCGAGUUCAAGUUAGGGGUUGUGAAGAUCUACACCUACUUCAUAGUGCUGUCCGGCCCCACUGACAUGUCUAACGAGACAAUGGUACAGCAGGUGAAGCUAUUUAUAGACUCCAUGGUCCUGUUCCUAGGUCCGCUCUGUUCCCUUCACAUCCAGUAUACCCCGGACCAGAUAAGGAUGAUGAUAAGGAAGGUAGCUAGACAUAUCAUCACGUGUAUUAUACCUGAUAGAGGGGUUACCUUCAGGAACAAUGUAGGGUAUCUGCCCAAUAAGAGUAAUGUUCCGCUCGACUGCUUAUUAAGGUGCUCUACUCUGCUGGACAGUCUACAAGUGCACGGUGGUGUAGUUAUACACGACAAGAAGAUAGUGUAUACCAACCUGAACAGUUGUAUCCUGACGGUUAUCCAGGGGUUAGAGGAGACUAAUGUUCCUGUAGAGAGUAUACCCAGUUUGGAGAAAGUCACUAUAGUUCGGGUUUUCCUGACUAGUAAAAUGUGGGCUAGUUUAAAAUCAGCACCCUCUGAAACUGACUCAGAUAAAACUGUGGAUCAACACUCGGAGAUGGCCAUGGAUUUGAUGUUGCAAGGUCUGGAUCUAGCGGUUUCGCACAGGCUUGAUGCCAGGAGGGACAGUUUAACUCCCAUUGUGAAUUCGUUUGAGAUGGUUUCUCUUGAAAUUCCUGAGGACGAGUUUUGCAACUCUGGCAGUAGACAGUUAUUAAGGAGUUUCAGUUCACAGCAUGGUAAGUUUUCAUUGCUAAAUGAGCUCUUUGACAAAAAGAAAGCAAAGGAUGGUCUAAAACGGUCAGCCACUAUCGCUUCUAUAUCAUUUGAGACAUUCCAAGACUCCCUGGAAUCUCAUGUUAGCGGGAGCGAACUUCCAGGAAACUCUCUAAACUACAAACUACUGUCACGUGACGAGGAAGUGAUUCCCUCCCCCUCACCCCCCUCACCUCCCUCCCCCUCCCCCCUCACUUCCCUCCCGCUCACCUCCCUCCCGCUCACCUCACUCCCCCUCACUCCCCUCCUCCUCACUCCAUUCUCCUUCACCUCCCUCCCCCUCACUCCACUCUCCUUCACUCCACUCUCCUUCACCUCCCUCUCAGGGUGAAGCAGCUCCUGACUCACCUCAAGUUAUCCUAGACUCAUCCAAACCAAGUGACUCAACCUCUGGGGACAGUGCGUACCAUGACACCCUCGACUACUUCGUUCCUUAUCUAGAAAACAGUGAGCUGAAAGUGUGCGAGCUGUUGAUACAGAGCAUACAGAACACAACUAUUAUCUUGGUGGGGGAGAAUAUGUCGGAUAAAGUCCACCAGUACUGGUCGGCUUGUUUACUGUUGUUGGGUGAUGUGAGCGGGUAUUUCAACGUGGAAAUGAAGGCUAAACCCCAGAAAACCACUCAGGGGGUGAACAGUUUCGUGUUCAACAAGUUGACUAAAACUCUGCUUUACAGCAACGCUGGUAAAACGUCAACAGAUUCACAUCAGCAGAUAAAGGAUUGCAAGGAAUGGUGUGAUGAUGAGAGUGAUAUUGAGUUGGUGGGGGUGAAGGGGUUGAACUGCUCGACUGUUGUGAAAAAUACCAGCACAGCAAAUGUUUUCCUGACGUCUCAUUCCAUGAGAUGUAGCAAGCUAGCGGAUAAUAUCUCCGAUAUUACUGGUCGGAACUUUGAUUCGGUGUUCUUGUAAUGGAUAUUAUUUCUAGGAUUAGUUGCUGUGAGUUUGUUUGACAGAAUUCAUGUGCCUUUUUGUUUGACAAUGUUCUGAAAUAAUUUUUGAGUGUGACCUUAAUAAAAAGAAUUUUCGAUUUGAUUUAAUUAAAGUCACAUUUUGUUUUCAUACUUUCAUGUAUUUAUUUUUUACUGAUUUACGUUUGAUUUAUCUUAGUCCCUGUUUACAACGAAUGUGAUUCGAAGAUUCGAAAUUUAAAUGUUUUACUAAAAUAUAACACUUGCGAAUUUCAUCA